AAUUCGACGCCUUGCUGACUGCAGACGCACUCGGAACCACGGAAUCGGAGUGGGAAUCGGAAUAGUAUUGAAUAGUAUUUGAAUUUGGGAUCGAAACGGGCUGCGGAUCGGACGGCUAGACAGACGCAUUUGGCCAAGUGUCGCGCGGUGCCAGGCCACACUCCAAUCUCUAAUGAAGCAGUGUUUUAGCUAAAUUUUUUUAAUUUAGUUCCAAUUUGGCUAUUGAAACGAGUUUCCAGCUGUGCUUGCCCCCUCUCCGGAGUGUGUAUUUUUUUGUGUGUGCGUGUGUUGUGGCAGGCUCAUUUGUGAAAAACUUAAUUUGCGGCUCUGUGGCAAGACACAUUUUCACCUGAAUUGCAAUCAAGUGCAAUUAUCAAACGAACAGCGAACAAAACAAACAUUGAGAUAACCGCCAUGUCUGCGGAAACAUCAAACACCACUCCGCUGCUGGACCUGCUGAUCGGCAGCACCAGCAGCACCAUCAGCCCCACUGCUGCACCGCCAGCAAGGGCUCUCUAUGCGAAUCGGAACCGUUUGAUCUUCAGCCUCAUAAUCAUGGGUCUGGGGGUGUUCGGAAAUUCUCUGGCUCUCGUUAUUUUGGCGCGCAAAAAGCACAACAAGAACAGCAAAUACACUCUCAUGUUGCGCUGCCUGGCCACCAACAAUCUAGUGGCUCUGCUGGGAAUGCUGACCACCUCGCUUCUGAAGUACAACAUGCACAAGGAGGGGGUUCAAUCCGACAUGCGGCUGGACUGUGUGGGGCAUGUGGUGUGGCGCUUCUUUGGCCUCAGUUCCGGAUGCAUUGCAGCCGUAAUGGCCGCUGAACGUUGGAUGGCCCUGGCCCGACCCUUUAUCUACCACAAGCACAUCACCUAUGAGCUGAUCCGGAAGAGCAUCAAUAGCAUUGUGAUUGCGGCCUUGAUCAUCACGUUCCUGCCCCUUGUGGGCUUCGGAGCCUACAUCGACGAGUCGAAUCCGGACAGAAUGAAGUGCAUACGAUACCGUGAUGCCGAGGGCUUCUGGAACAAGGCAUAUGCUGUGGUAUUCAUGGUCUUUGGCACGCUUCUGUGCAUCGUGAUCGUGACCUGUAACCUGUUCGUGGCCCACACCCUUCUCUGCGUGAUCGGUAAGAGUCGCACGGCCAAGCGGCACAUGCACUACGAUCUGGUGCGGGACAAGGCCAGCAUGCAGAGUAUCGACCCGGAGAGCAGCAGUGGCACCACCCUCUACCAGACGCAGUACAGCACUGGAAGCGGAACCGGCAGCAACCACAGUGCUCCCCACAGGCAAUCAUCCCGACAGUUCCAGCACAGUGUCAGCGUAACGAUGGCGGGCACAGAAUCCUCGCCGGUGGAGAUCAAGUUUGCCAAGCUGAUGGCCUUUCUGAGCAUCUCGUUUGUCAUCUGCUGGAUGCCACAGAUGAUUGCCAUACCCUUGGCCAUUGCCCCGGACCGAGUUGACAAGAAAAACGUGUUCUUUCUCAUUGCGGAUGUCCUCACGGCCCUGCACUUCACAUCGGAUCCGUACAUCUAUGUGCUGAGUCGCUCCAAGUCCAUCAACUGGUCCCUGCUGAGCUGCGUCAAGCGCUGGCGCGGCGGCUGGCGCCAGGGCGGACUACGGCGCUCCCAGAGCGAUCAGAGCCGGAUGCGCACCACCAUGACGGAGGCGAAUACUCUCGACUGUAACUUCAACUAAGUCUCGAACUCCAGCAUUAUUU